AUGUCGGAUUCCAGAUCGGAUGGAGUGGAUUCCAAGCAGCCGACUCCCCUGCGACGGGAACGGGCACCCACCAUCACCAUCGACACUUCGGCCGUGACCUCGCCCGCCGACCAGACAGAUCCUCCGCCUCAGCUCUUGCCCGGCCCGGCGCAACCCUCGGUACACAUCUCCUCGGAAAAUGUCGACGCGGGCGAUACCAGUGCGCUUCUAAACAACGGCGGCGUCUCUCCCUCGGACGCGCGGUCGCCGGCAUCGAUUCGAUCAUUCACCUCGUCGGAACCCAGAGACCACGAAAGCAGACCGACCUCUCCCCACAACAUCUCCUCCCCAACGUCAAAGAUGACGGAACCCAUGUCCAACUCCAACUACCUGGCCGUGCCGGGCACCAGAUCUCGGGGGAAUUCACUCGAGUCGGAGGACACCAACCAAUCCUCGAGCUCCUACGGCGGGGACACGUACGUGCCGACAUCGUCCCAGGGGUCCCGCGCUGAUCUGGCGCACACGCUCAUUGAUGAUGAGGAAGCUCUCAAGCCCGAUCCGGGCCGGGAAGAGGAGUUCACCGUGGAGGACAACCGGUUCGCCUUUUCCCCGGGUCAGCUGAAUAAACUGUUGAACCCCAAGAGUCUCGGUGCGUUCCACGCGCUCGGCGGAAUUCAAGGGCUAGAAAAGGGACUGCGAACCAACGUCCGCAGUGGUCUGAGCUUGGAUGAGACCGGCCUGGAAGGCACUGUGAGCUUUGAAGAAGUCACCUCGCGACAACCCGAUACGCAACCGAAGUCCGAUUCGCAGGCUCCCACGCCGCCGAGCCGAACCACCACCGGCCUCUCGAAAUCCGCAGAUAGAUCAUUCACGGACCGGAAGCGCAUUUAUCGAACCAAUAAACUACCGGAAAAGAAAGCCAAAAGCAUCUUUGAGCUGGCGUGGAUCGCAUAUAACGACAAAGUUCUGAUUCUUUUGACGAUUGCGGCGAUUAUAUCCCUGGCCAUUGGAAUCUACCAAUCCAUCACGGCCAAGGGCAACGAGGCGCGAGUGCAGUGGGUUGAAGGCGUGGCUAUUCUCGUGGCGAUCGUAAUCGUCGUCGUCGUGGGAGCGGCUAAUGACUGGCAAAAAGAGCGCCAAUUCGUGAAACUGAACAAGAAGAAGGACGACCGAAUGGUCAAGGUGAUUCGCUCGGGAAGUACCAUGGAAAUCUCGGUUCAUGAUAUCCUUGUUGGGGAUGUCAUGCAUCUCGAACCCGGAGACCUGAUUCCUGUCGACGGCAUCUUCAUCGAUGGCCACAACGUUAAAUGCGACGAAUCCUCUGCCACCGGCGAGUCGGACCUGUUGCACAAAACGGCAGCCCACGAGGUUUCUCGUGCCAUCGAACACCAGGAGAAUCUUUCGAAACUAGAUCCGUUCAUCGUAUCCGGUGCCAAGGUCUCCGAGGGAGUCGGCACGUUUUUGGUCACCGCAGUUGGAGUCAAUUCAUCCUACGGCAAGACGAUGAUGUCUCUUCAGGAUGAGGGCCAGACCACCCCGCUGCAGUCUAAACUGAACAUGCUCGCCGAGUAUAUUGCGAAGCUUGGUUUGGCCGCGGGUUUGCUCCUCUUCGUCGUGCUUUUCAUCAAAUUCUUGGCCCAGUUGAAGACCAUCAAAGGUGCCGACAACAAGGGUCAGGCGUUUCUUCAGAUCUUUAUCGUUUCCGUGACUGUAAUUGUCGUUGCUGUCCCCGAAGGACUGCCUCUGGCCGUUACGCUCGCGCUUGCGUUUGCCACCACACGAAUGCUCAAGGACAACAACCUGGUGCGACUGCUUCGCGCCUGUGAGACCAUGGGUAAUGCGACCACGAUCUGCUCCGACAAAACAGGUACCCUCACGGAGAAUAAGAUGACCGCCGUUACCGCGACUUUGGGAACGACAUUGAAGUUUGGAGGCAAGUCGCGGGAAGCAUCGCCCGGCGCUUCUCCUAAUCCUAACGGUGAACCCGUUGCUAACGACCCGUCCGGCGCUCUUUCGCCCUCUGAGUUCGCUUCGAGCCUCUCCCGUCCGGUCAAGGAAUUGUUGCUCGACUCCAUUGUGCUCAAUUCAACUGCAUUCGAGGGUGAACAGGAGGGAGUGAUGACCUUCAUCGGCUCAAAGACCGAAACUGCCCUCCUGGGUUUUGCACGGACUUAUCUCGGCAUGGGAUCGCUUAGCGAGGCGCGAUCCAAUGCUACAAUGGUCCAGAUGGUGCCGUUUGACUCGGGUCGCAAGUGCAUGGCGGCCGUGUUCAAAAUGGACAAUGGCAAGUACCGUAUGCUGGUCAAAGGUGCAUCGGAGAUUCUGGCUCGCAAGUGCACGCGCGUCAUUCGUGAUCCCACGCAGGACCUGUCCGAGGCUCCGUUGUCUGAGGACGAUCGUUCGACGCUGGAUCACAUCAUGACCCUCUACGCGUCUCAGUCGCUGCGACCGAUUGGGCUGGUUUACCGUGAUUUCGAGCAGUGGCCGCCACGCGGUGCCCCGACGCAGGAGGAAGACCGCAACCUCGCCGCGUUCGACCCGAUCUUUAAGGACAUGACCAUGCUUGGUAUUUUUGGCAUCCAGGAUCCGCUUCGCCCGGGUGUCACGGAGUCCGUGCAGAAAUGCCAGAGUGCCGGUGUUUUUGUUCGAAUGGUUACGGGAGACAACAUCAUGACCGCCAAGGCUAUUGCCCAGGAGUGUGGAAUCUUUACUCCGGGAGGUGUGGCCAUUGAAGGUCCCCGGUUCCGCAAGCUGAGCAGUCGCCAGAUGACUCAAAUCAUUCCACGACUGCAGGUUCUGGCACGGUCAAGCCCCGAUGAUAAGAAGAUCCUCGUCACUCAGCUCAAGAAAAUGGGCGAAACGGUUGCGGUUACGGGAGACGGAACGAACGAUGCUCAGGCCUUGAAAACGGCCGACGUUGGUUUCUCGAUGGGAAUUUCCGGCACUGAGGUUGCCAAGGAGGCGUCGGAUAUCAUCCUGAUGGACGACAACUUCACCUCUAUCAUCAAGGCCAUGGCUUGGGGAAGGACUGUGAACGAUGCGGUCAAGAAGUUUUUGCAGUUCCAAAUCACGGUGAACAUCACUGCAGUUCUCCUCACGUUUGUCUCCGCAGUGGCCAGUAGUGACCAGGAAUCGGUGCUGACCGCAGUGCAACUGCUGUGGGUUAAUCUCAUCAUGGAUACUUUUGCUGCGCUCGCUCUAGCUACGGAUCCCCCGUCUCCCACCGUCCUCGAUCGUAAACCCGAACCGAAAUCCAGCCCGCUGAUCAGUCUGACCAUGUGGAAAAUGAUCAUCGGACAGAGUAUUUACCAACUCGCUGUGACUUUUGCCUUGAACUUCGCCCAUUUAUACGAUGGAAGAGAACAUCAAACGGUCGUGUUUAACACCUUCGUCUGGAUGCAAAUUUUCAACCAGUGGAAUUCCCGCCGCCUCGACAACAGGUUCAAUAUCUUUGACGGCAUGCUUCGCAACCGAUGGUUCCUGGGUAUUCAGCUUAUCAUUGUCGGCGGUCAAGUCUUGAUCAUUUUUGUUGGUGGAGAGGCUUUCUCCGUCGCCCGGCUGAACGGACCUCAAUGGGGAAUUGGCUUGGUCCUCGGUGCCAUUUCGCUCCCCGUUGGAGUGAUCAUUCGUCUGAUCCCCGACUUCCUGUUUGAAAAGCUGAUUCCCAGCUUUGCGCAUCGUAAGAAGCGACCCGAGCUCCUGGUAUCCGACGAAGAUCGACGGUUUGAGUGGAACCCUGCCCUGGAAGAGAUCCGCGAUCAGCUGCGAUUCCUCAAGACGGUUCGUGGAGGUCGCCUGAGACACAUCAAGCACAAGCUGCAACACCCUCAAGAGCUGCUGCCGCGAUCGCGCAGCGGUUCCCGGUCCAGAGAAAACUCGAUCCCCGGAACGCCGAAUGGCGACGGAAGCAUCACGCCGCCGCCUCCAGCUAGCCCUGAAUCACGCUCUCGACGCCGGACUCGAUCCCGAUCGAACUCGGCGUUUGGACCGGCCGCGGCCAUGGCCGGUGUCGUUGCCGGCAGUAUUGCAGGCUGGUCUCCGAUCGAGAGGGCCCCGUCCGAUGGGGAAUCCUUCAAAUUCGGCUCGAGUCCCCAUGGAGGGUUGGAUAAGCAACAGGGCAUCGAGAUUCACCCCGAAACUGCCGCCGACGACCAGAUCGUAGGCGAGUAUCUUUCGACAUCGACCACGCCGCCAAGUCAGAAUCCGGACCUUUUGCCAUUCUUUGAGCAUGCGCCUCCGGAGCGUGCGCCGUCCCACCGCAGCCGGAGAUCUACUUCUCGACUCUCUCGGUCUAGUCACCAAAGCCAGUCCUAA